AUGCUCCAUCUCAACAAAGACGGAACCACCGACUUGACUUUAGCGUCGAAAAGCGAGGAAAUCGUGUGGAAAGUUUUGGUGAUGGACCGCAAAUCGCAGGCUGUGGUAUCGUCUGUGUUGCGUGUCAAUGACUUACUCCGCUGUGGAAUCACCGUGCACGCGUUGAUUACGGCGCAAAGAUCGCCGUUGCCCGAUGUUCCUGUGAUUUACUUUGUCGAGCCCACGGUGGAAAACGUUUCUGCCAUUAUAGAGGACUUGCAGAGCGACAAGUACGACUCCUUCUACAUCAACUUCACUCUGUCGAUCGCCCGCGAGCUUUUGGAGGAUUUCGCCAAGAAAGUCUCCUUGUGCGGGAAGGGAAGCAAGAUCAAGCAGGUGUUUGACCAGUACUUGGAUUUUGUCGUGACAGAGCCCAACUUGUUCUCGCUUGGCAUCCCUCGCACUUUUGCUAAGUUCAACAGCCCCUCCACCAGCGAGGACGAGAUCCACCAGCUCGCAAACAGAGUUGCUGAUGGUAUGCUAGCCAACUUGAUAACAAUGGGUUCGGUUCCCAUUAUCCGGUGCCCAAAGAGCGGGCCGGCUGAGCUUGUGGCUACGCAGUUAGACUUGAAGUUGCGUGACUAUCUCAGCAGCUCCCGAAGCAUGGCCAACCAUACGGUUCAGCUGAGACCCGUGUUGAUUCUCUUGGAUCGGAACAUUGAUUUAGCUUCCAUGUUCUCGCACUCUUGGAUCUACCAGUGUAUGGUGAGUGACGUUUUUGAAUUGCGUCGAAAUACCAUUAGGGUGGCCAAGUAUGACGACUCGUCCGCCACCCCUAAAGUCCGCAGCUACGAUGUGGACCCGAAGGAUUUUUUCUGGAACAAGAACGCCCAGUUGCCGUUUCCAGAUGUGGUUGAGAAUGCAGAUGUCGAAUUGAACUUGUAUAAACGCGAGGCUCAAGAAUUGACCAACAAAACAGGCAUUACGUCUUUGAGCGACAUCGAUCCCAAUGCAAAUGUCGACACCUCUUUAAUCCAGCAAGCAGUGGAGGCAUUGCCCGAAUUGACUGCCCGCAAAGUCACUUUGGAUAUGCACAUGGACGUUUUGGCCUCAUUACUAAAAGAAUUAGAGGCGCGGUCGUUGGAUAAAUUUUUCGAAAUUGAACAGAACUUUGCCAACCCAAAGGUGCAGAGCGAGUUCUUGGACUUGUUGCGGUCGGACUCGAAGCGUGACAAUUCUGUGGACAAGUUCCGGACGUUUUUGAUUUUGAAUUUGUUGGCAAACGUUUCGGCCAGUUUCAACACGGAGUGCGAGCAGGUUUUCGCCCAGAAAUACCCGGAUAUCGACAUGAACGCGUUCCGCUACAUCCAGAAAUUCAAGCAGAUUUUGAAUUUGUCGAAGAAUGCUGCUUUGCAUGAUUCUUCCGCUUCUGGUAAAUCGUCGCUUGGCGAAAACAAUUCUGCGUUGUUCAACGGCUUGUCGUCCAAGUUGUAUGGUUUCACCGAAGGCCGUAUUUCGGAAGGUAUUUCCUCCUUGGCCACAGGAUUGAAGAAACUUUUACCUGACAAGAAAAACCUUGCCAUAACCAAUAUCGUGGAAGCUAUAAUGGAGCCAAGCAACGCUUCGAAUAACUUGAUGCAGCUCACAGACGAUUACUUGUACUUGGAUCCAAGAUCAAGAGGCGGCCACUCUAAGCCACCUAAAAGACAGUCGUACGAGGAAGGCAUUGUUUUUGUGGUUGGCGGCGGCAACUAUUUGGAGUACCAGAACUUGACCGAGUGGGCACACCAGCCUAAUAAAACAGAAAAGCGCAUUGUGUACGGUAGCACAGAGAUUGUUACGGCUAAGGAGUUUUUAAGCGAGGUUUCUGAACUUGGGAAGUUGGAAGCUUGA